CCCUCGUUGGCUCUGAUUUGGUACGUCAGGUAUGGCUCCAGCCUGUUUUCUAGAUGUGCGCAUAAGGGUGCCAUCCGAACCCCUUUAAGGCUUAAGGUACAAAACACAGUCUCCCCCAAGUCCAAGGUCGAGUUGUUGCUCGAAAUCCUGCAGCGGAGAACCAUCAACACGCACCAUGCCAUUCGAAAGAGUGCUCAUAUGCGGAGCAGGCGUAUCAGGUUCGAUACUAGCUUUUUGGCUUGCCAGACAUGAUUUUCAAGUGGUGGUCGUCGAACGAUCGAAGGCCGAACAGAAAGCCGGACAAGGAAUCGAAAUCGAAGAACCAGCAUUGAAAGUGGUCAAGCUGAUGGGCAUCAUGGACAAGCUCAAUGAAAAGAGAACGGGCGAAAUGGGAUUCGACCUUGUCGACCAGCAAUCUCGUUCAUACGGCAUUUUCGAGGUCGGUGGUAUUAGUCCUACGGGUGCCCUCGAGCUUAUGCGAGGUGACCUGACGGAAGUUCUCUGCAAAGCUGCCGACGCAUUCGCCAACGUCACCUAUCAAUUUGAGACCACCAUUCAGAGUCUAAGACAAACACAAGGCAAAGUCAUCGUCGAGCUAGAAAACAGAAACAGCAAAACCACCAAGACCGAGGAAUUCGACUUCGUGAUAGGCGCCGAUGGAGUCAAAUCCCGUACGAGGCAACUUGUCAUGGGCUCGCCUGAGCAGCUCGAUUGUUUCAAGCCUGUCGGCGCGUUCACUGCAUACUUCUCGAUCCCGAAAGAAAAGCAGGAUUGGCCCAAUUCCCGACUAUGCCAUUUCACAGACCGGCGAGUCGUAUGGUUGCGUCCAGUCGGGAAGGAAUCUGAGACGACAUCGGUAUACCUCAUUUACGUUCAUGAUGACGUACCCGCGCUAGGACGAGCAAACGCUGCUGGUGACAGACAGAAGCAAAAGGAAGCCUUCGCUGAAGUGUACAGUGGCUUGGGCUGGGAGACACCACGGGUCGUUGAGCAGAUGAUGAAAUCCGACAAUUUUUAUUCGGACGAGCUUGUGCAGGUCAAACUGCAGAAGUGGUCUCAGCACCGUGUCGCGCUCGUUGGUGAUGCGGCUUGGGCGCCGUCUCCGUUCACUGGUGAAGGAAAUCAGUUGGCGAUCAUCGGCGCUUGGGUACUGGCUCAGGAAAUGUCGAGAAAUCGAAGUCCGGUGGCAUUUGAGAUGUACGAGAAGAGACUGCGCUCGUAUGUGGAAAAUGCUCAGAAGAUACCACUUGGCGGUCGCGCCCCAUACCUUUUCGUGCCGCAGACGACUUGCGGCAUCUGGCUGCUUCGGGCAAUCCUGUGUCUUCUUUCAUGGACCGUCCGUUUCAUUUCGUGGACGAAGAUAUCGAAGAUGUUUCCAGAUCGGCAGCAAGAGGAUCAUCAUCCCACAUUUGAUUUGGAGGUUGAUGAGGCUGAGGAAGCAAAGGUGGCACGGUGAAACUUCUGCACGGGAUGUGCCUUGCUGCCGUUCGUAAGAGGGUCACCCAGGGCGCUUCAAGGGCGAGGGAGUUCGAGGAUCGGAGCACAGCUGGACAACGAUCCUGGAGGGGUGUCGUCAAGCAGGUCAGACGUUUGAUGCCUUGAAACGGCGCAACAUUUUUGUACAGGAAUAUCGGCAUGCACGGCGCAUGGAUGGAUCGCUCUGGUAUCAUAUCGCCUCUCAAUCACACCUUCUGGAAAGUCGGAGUUGGUGGAGUUAUAUGAAAGUCGCAACAAACAACAAUUAAACCUAAGACGUAUGAAAAGACAGUGUCCACUAAGGUACGGCUUGUGCAAGCGAGCCCAAGGUGUCUCUGACAGUCUACUUAUCUCCUCCCAGCUACCUACGUAUGAUAUUAGAAUCUUCGGGAGCGGACGAGACUCUCAUCUCAGAAUCAAUUGCGUCCAUGCAGACAUGGCUUCGGUUAGAGGUCUG